AUGGUUGAUCUAUCACAAACCAGCCCGGGUCGGCCCGUUUGCCUUGUCUUCGGGCCCCAGAAUGCCGAGAUUGAUGAAAGUCUAUUUUACAUCAGCCGCAACAUCGACGAAAAUCCAGCGUUGCACUUCCUCAAGGAUGUCUUGCGAGGACUACCGUCUUUAUGGCCUACCAUUACUGAUGCCUGGGCCUCUUUGUCUCCAGUCCCUGGGGCGGCUCAACUUACGGCGCUCGCUGAUUGUGUUCAGGGGCCGAUAGCCACUCCCAAAAAUCCCACGAAUGUGCUCCUGACGCCCCUCACUGUGAUUCGACAGAUAAUCAAUGCGUGGAAAUUCAAAGUAAAAUCCCGGAACGAGUACAGAAUCGUGGAUGCGCAGGGAUUUUGUGUCGGCUUCCUCGCGGCAGUCGCGGUCGCGUGCUCAAAUGAUGCCAAGGAAUUCGCGGAUAUCGCAUCCACCAUGGUCCGAUUGGCUGUUUGCAUUGGAGCAGCAGUUGACCUGGAUGGCAUUUCGCAUGGCCAGGCCCGAUCUGUGGCUGUCAGAUGGAAGUCUGGCAAUGAGAAUGAACAACUCAAUCGAUUGCUGGCUAGCUCUUCAACUGCCUACGUCUCCUGCUUUACGGACACAAACUCGGCCACAGUUACAGUCGCGGAGGACGCAGUAGAUGACUUGAUCAAGGAGCUGGGAAGCCACGGAUUGUCGGUGAAAAUUAUCGACCUGAAAGGGAGAUUUCACCAUGCGAGCCAUAUCACAGCUGUUCAAUACCUUAGCAAUCUUUGUGAUACAGAUGACAGGUUCCGGUUGGCAGGCACUGGUCCCUGUGUCCUACCACUAAGGUCCAACGUCGACGGCCGUGUGGUUGGGAAAAUAUCUGACAUUCACAAAAUUGCCCUGGAAUCGAUCCUGGCCAAACCAUCGCAAUGGGCUAUGACUGUUUCAGCCGCGCUUGAGCAUUCGAGGGAGACAAAUGUCGAUGUAAGCCUUGCUCCUAUUGGAACUGGCCAGUUUGUUCCACGUGUAGUCAGAAACCGGGUGCUAGAUCACACGAACAACAGCUUGUCGGACACCAAACAUGAAAUGCUGCCAAACGGAAUCCACAAAUUAUCUUUCCCCACGGAAUCGGCGCAGUCAACCAAUGUGGCUGCGAUGGCCGGGACAGCAACCCCAAUUGCCAUCACUGGCAUGGGAUGCCGAUAUGCCCAGGCAGACUCUCCAGAGCAACUGUGGGAAAUGCUCGAGUUGGGGCAGUGCGGUGUCAGCGCACUUCCGAACGAGCGAUUCAAGAUGGACAAGCUUCUUCGUGAGCCAAAGGGACCAUUUUGGGGAAACUAUCUGGCUAAUCCUGAUGUUUUUGAUCAUCGCUUCUUUGGCAUCUCGGCCCGAGAAGCAGAUGCUAUGGACCCCCAGCAACGACUACUUCUUCAGGUCGGGUAUGAGGCUAUGGAGUCAGCUGGAUACUGUGGCCUUCGCAAUCCCAAUGUGCCGACCGACAUUGGUUGUUAUGUUGGUGUUGGCUCCGAUGACUAUACUGAAAAUGUUGGAUCAACCCAUGCGAACGCAUUUUCAGCUACAGGAACACUUCAGGCCUUUUGCACUGGCCGUCUCAGUCACUAUUUUGGUUGGACUGGGCCGUCGGUGGUGGUUGACACCGCCUGCUCUUCAGCCGCGGUGUCUAUCCAUCUUGCAUGCAAGGCUCUACAAACCAACGAAUGCUCCAUUGCCGUGGCAGGUGGCGUAAAUGUCAUGACCAGCGCACGAGUAACGCAAAACCUAGCUGCGGCCUCCUUCCUCUCACCCACCGGCGCUUCCAAAGCAUUUGAUGCAACUGCCAAUGGUUAUUGUCGCGGAGAGGGAGCAGGACUAGUUGUUUUACGACCCUUCGCAGACGCAAUUCGCAACGGAGACCCCAUUCUUGCCGUAAUUGGCGGGUCUGCGGUCAACCAGGGAUCCAACUGCUCUCCGAUCACUGUGCCAGACUCGAACUCCCAGAGAUCCCUUUAUCAGAAGGCCCUCCUGGCAUCUGGAAUUCCUCCAGAAGACGUCACUUAUGUUGAAGCACAUGGUACAGGUACGCAAGUGGGCGAUCCAAUUGAAUUUGACAGCAUCCGAAAGGCAUUUGGAGGACCUGGCCGUAGCGAAAAGCUUCAUGUCGGAUCUAUCAAAGAUAACAUCGGCCACACAGAGACCGCUUCAGGGGUAGCUGGCCUACUGAAGACUGUCUUGAUGAUGCAGAAACAACAAAUACCGAAGCAAGCCAAUUUUGUUCAACUGAACCCCAAGAUCCCCGCAUUGGACGACGAAGAAAUCGCAAUUCCAACCAAGUCAAUCCAGUGGCCCUCCGCUGCUACUUCAUCUUCGAAUGCCGUGGCAAUGGUGACCAAUUACGGCGCUGCCGGAAGCAAUGCGGCUCUUGUUGUGAAACAAUACAAAGCGCCAUCCGGACCUUCAAAUCGAGCUUCGCUCCUUCCUACCGAGGUGCCCGUUAUCCUUGCAGCCAACUCUGUCGAGUCACUCAGGUCAUACUGCAAGGUUCUGCUUACAAGUGUCCGGAAUGCACAACUGGGCUGUUGUCAAGACAUCGCGUAUAACUUGGCAGUCAAACAGAGCAGAGACAUGGAUUACAUUUCUACAUUAAGCGUUCCCGCAGAUCAACCCAACGAGCUUAUUGCUAAGCUAGAGUCGAUGUCAGGCGAGACCACCAAUCUUCAGAAACAACCGGCUUCUCGUCUGCCCGUCAUCCUGUGCUUUGGUGGGCAAAAUGGAAAUGAAGCAACCCUUUCCGAAGACCUGUUUAAUCAGUGUGAACUGCUUCAAUAUCAUUUGAUGGAAUGUGAAAAGGUUUGUCAAACUCGCGACCUUCCGAGCCUGUUCCCACGUAUCUUCCAGACUGGUCCAAUCGAAGAUACGGUCAGCCUUCAUUGCAUUUUGUUCUCAAUCCAAUACGCAUCAGCAAUGUCAUGGAUAGCUUCUGGACUCCAAGUGGACCGAAUUAUAGGUCACAGCUUUGGCCAACUUACUGGACUUUGUGUUGCUGGUGGCUUGAAUCUUUCAGAUGCUCUCUAUCUUGUCUCAGAGCGAGCCAGAAUGAUCCAGAGCAUGUGGGGAUCUGAGCGCGGAGCUAUGCUCUUAGUGGAAGGGACAGAGUCGGAUGUACAGAGUUUGUUGAAUCGCGCAACACAGCAGAUGGCAGAUGCGGCAGUGGAUGUCGCUUGUAUCAAUGGCCCACGCAAUAUUAUAUUGGCGGGAGAUGAGCGAUCUCUACAAAUGAUUCAGAAGCUGUCAGCGAAAACCCCUUCCAUCCUUCGCACAAAGAGACUGAAGAACACACAUGCUUUCCAUUCCCGCCUGGUGGAUAGCAUUGUUCCUUCUCUGAGCAAGGUAGCCCAACAGCUUCAAUACACGCCACUUUCUAUCCCUCUUGAGGCUUGUUGGCAGGACGGCGACUGGUCUUCUGUCACCCCAGACAAGAUUGUGGCCCACAGCCGCGGACGUGUUGACUUCCAGAUAGCCGUUGAGCGAGUGGCCCAGAGGAUCCAAGGACCUGCUAUCUGGCUGGAGGCGGGAUCUUUAUCUCCAAUAAUCUCAUUGGUACGACGCGUUAUCGACGCAGUGACAGCCUCCUCAAAAGACCAUCUCUACCAAUCCCUCGACCUUGGAGGCCCACAGGCCCAGAAAAAUCUUUCACAGGCUACUUGUAAUCUGUGGUCCAGAGGUGCGAAGGUACAGUUCUGGCAGUUCCAUGAUUCUCAAGCUAAAAGUUACAACUGGAUCAACCUACCGCCUUAUCAGUUCGCUCAAACACGUCAUUGGAUUGCAUAUGAUCCAAACGCCUUUGCGCCGUUGCCGGAAGACAAGCCAACCGUUCCUUCUGCGGGUGGCCCGAAAGAGUUUGUGCAGCUGCUCACCAAACAGCCCACCGAGUGUGUAUUUGCAAUCAAUACGAAGGACCCCCUUUACCAGGAGUGCACACAAGGCCAUGCAGUACUUGAUCAGAACCUCUGCCCUGCCUCUCUCUACUUUGAAAUGAUCAUUCGGGCCGCGGGACUGAUUCGCCCGGAAAACGAUACAUCCCCAGCUAUGCCUCACCUUCAAAAUCUUGCCAUUUCAGCUCCGCUUGUGCUUAACCCCACUGGAAGUGUUCUAUUGAGCCUUACCCGUGCCCGGGCCGGUGACUCCCCUUGGUCAUUCUCUCUCUACACUCGUGAGCCCAAUAAGAACUCGGUGACCACGCAUGCAACCGGCGAGAUCAGCUUGCACCCCUUUGGCCAGAACACACCCCUCUUCGUUCGCCUUCACUCCAUGAACCGGCUGAUUGAUUCAUCCCGCGUGGAUUCUAUCGCCAAUUCACGGGAGUCGAGCGGCCUCAAAGGAUUCGCGGUCUAUCAGGCUUUCCGUAGAGUCGUCAAUUACGCUGAUUGCUAUCGCGGCGUUGAACGCGUGUUCGCGACCGAGCAUGAGGCCGCUGGAAUUGUGAACCUCCUCUCGUCCAAGACAAAGGAUGCCGCAUGUGAUCCUAUGCUCGUCGACAAUUUCAUCCAAGUCGCUGGAAUCCACGUCAACUGUCUUUCGGAGACAAAUGAAGAUGAGGUUUUCGUAUGCACUGGGGUUGGUGAAAUCUUGAUUGGGGAGGCCUUCAUGACCCGCGACCCCAAGUCCUCGCUUUCUUGGGGUGUAUACUCCAACAUGGACCGAUCUGUUAAGAACAAGAUCGCCUGUGACACGUUUGUCCUAGAUCGGGAGACAGGCAAACUUGCCGUCACCAUCCUCUCUGCAGAAUUUACUAGCGUCUCCAUCGCCGGUCUGGCGCGAGUGCUCAAAAAAUUGAACAAUCAAGCCGAUGACAAAAAGGCAUCUCCCGACUUGUCUCUUCGGCAUGAUUCUAAGAUUGAUGUCAAUCCCACGCCUCAGAAUACAGCACCUGUUGUUCAGCCCACUCGCCAAGCUGCCGCAGAACACGGACAAUUUGUGGUCGUCCAAGAGAUGCUCUGUGAUCUACUCGGGAUCGCCUCCGAGGAGUUGUCGCCAUCUUCGAAUCUUGAAGAAAUUGGCGUGGACUCAUUGAUGCGAACUGAGGUCCUUGUGGAAAUAAAGAAGAGGUUCAAUGUCAGCAUCGACGCCUCCUCCUUGACUGAAAUCCCCGAUAUCCAGAGAUUGGUGCAGACGAUUUUCCCUGACGCGGCAACCGCUCCUCUCACGAAUGGAGUUCCCCCGUCAUUGGAAAUCGAGACCACAGAUGUACCUGACUCGGAGAACAAUACCCAUGUCAUCCCAACCCCAAUUUCUGAUGCGGAUGUGCAUGGCCUCAUUGACAUCGCACCUAGCCUUUUCACUGACAUUCAGAGAAGCAUGGCGCACAGUGAAUUUACCCAGUGGAACGGAUUUUGUGAAUCUGUAUAUCCCAAACAGAUGGCCCUUGUCACAGCUUAUGUGGUAGAGGCUUUCAAGUCCCUUGACAAACUUGAGGCUGAGUGUGUUAUUCCGCAAGUGCCAGUUCUUAAACAGCAUGGCAAGGUCCGAAACCAGCUUUAUUCCAUCUUGGAGUUCUCGAAUCUCAUCCGGGCUACCGAUCGUGGCUUUGUGCGCACAACGAUCCCUGUGCCCACGGUUUCGUCUGAUGUAUUGCAUGAGGAAAUCAUUCGCCUCUAUCCCCAGCACAGAUCUGAGCACCAUCUUCUCAAGACAACGGGCUCGCGACUCAGUGACUGCUUGAGCGGAGCAGCUGACCCACUCUCCCUGCUCUUUCAAGAUGCAGAGGCUCGCCGACUGAUGGAGGAUGUGUACACCAACGCCCCAAUGUUCAAGGCUGCAACUAAUCACCUGGCCCAAUACCUUGUCAAUAUCCUUGGCCGCAUGGAUACCACGAGGGAGAUCAAGAUUCUCGAAAUUGGGGGUGGCACUGGGGGUCAGCUCACUGCUGUCCCCGGUCUUCGCUUCCAGUACACAUUCACGGACCUGUCCUCAGGGCUGCUUACUCUGGCACGCAAGAAGUUCAAGCAUUACAACUUCAUGAAAUACCAAGUCCUCAAUGUUGAACAGACUCCUACGCCUGACAUGGUCGGUCAAUAUGAUAUCAUCCUAUCCAGCAACUGUGUGCACGCAACCCGCAAUUUGGUUCAGUCGUGUUCAAACAUCAACAAGCUUCUACGACCAGACGGGAUUCUUUGCCUAAUUGAGCUCACGCGCAACUUGUUCUGGUUCGAUCUUGUCUUCGGCCUGCUGGAAGGCUGGUGGCUGUUCGAGGAUGGUCGGCAACACGCCCUUGCGACUGAGCACGUGUGGAAGCAAACCCUUUUCCAGUCAGGUUUCCAAUGGAUUGACUGGACACACAAUGACUCCGAAGAGUCAAAUGUUCUUCGGGUGAUUACUGCGUCGCCGACCUCGGCCGUCAUUUUACCCCGACCCCGGGAGUCCCUUACGUGUCAUGAACGAGGAGACGGUCGCUUAUGGCAAGAAUGGUGGCGUGGAGCUCUCUGCAGACAUUUACUAUCCCCGGGAUCUUCAGCCUAUUGGAAAACCCCGUCCAAUUGGUACGUAGACGAACUUGCUUCCCGGUCCUCUUCCUCGGCCCAUGACAAAUCUCCUUCUUACACUCGACAAACAGCUCUUCUUAUCCAUGGCGGAGGGCACAUCAUGCUUUCGCGCCGGGACAUCCGCAGCAAACAAGUCAAGAUGCUCCUCGACGGGGGAUUCUUGCCGGUCAGUGUGGAUUACCGACUGUGCCCAGAGGUUUCUCUGACGGAAGGCCCAAUGCAUGAUGUAUGCGAUGCUCUCUCUUGGGCUCGAAAUGUCCUGCCCAAGUUAUCUCUUGGUCGUCCCGAUAUACAAUCGGAUGGAACCCAAGUGGUGGCGGUUGGGUGGUCUACCGGUGCCCAUCUGGCCAUGACAUUGGCUUGGACUGCUGAGCAGAGGGGCAUCGCGCCUCCCGAGGCUAUACUCGCAUUCUACGGGCCUACUGACUAUGAAGACCCAUUCUGGUCUCAGCCCAAUUUCCCGUAUGGAAAGAAUGCCGCCUCGCCAGAAAUGAGCUACAACCUGUGGGAAGGCAUGCACGAGACACCCAUCACUGCCUACAAUCCUCCGGCCAACCAAAAGGCCCUUGGGGGCUGGAUGUCGCCGACGGACCCUCGCAGUCGAAUUGCAUUGCACAUGAACUGGAAAGGACAAAGUCUGCCGAUGUUGCUGCACGGAGGCCGCUUCUGGUCGGCUCAUAAGGAUGGCGACUGUGGCGAGGACUUGCCCGUUCCGACUCUUAAGGAAAUCCAAGCAGUCAGCCCUCUGGCCCAGAUUCGCAAUGGGUGUUACAAGACGCCUACUUUCAUUAUCCACGGGACGCUUGAUGAUCUCAUUCCAGUGGAACAGGCCCAGAGGACAUCGCAGGAGCUGGUUACGAAGGGCGUUGAGGUUGAACUCCGCGUUGUGGAUAAGGCAGUGCAUCUUUUCGAUAUUUAUCCUGGGUUUGAGAAAGACCACACAGCUGCUCAAGCUGUUCAAGAUGGUUACGAGUUUCUGCGCGAUCAUGUUAGAUACUAG